UGCAUUUGUUCUCCUUCCUCAUGUCGUGUCACGGAGCUGCAGUCUGACUGAGGGGAAUGAAACGGCCUGGAGGGAAUAUAAGACCAAUGGCGCUGUUUCGGGACUGUGUGCUUGGACAUGGUUAAAAGGUAAUUAGAGAGCAGGCUCUGGUGCAUCACGACAGCAGCCCUGUUACCAUGGAGACUGGUAAGCCUGAAUUGGCGAGUGCUGCUCACAUGAGCUCAGUGGUAGCGCAGACGGAGCGGAGGAUGGAGAUACAGGCCCCUCUCACGGCUGUGUACAUCCACACAGUGCCUGCUCUGCCCUCUCACCCACUCCCCCAGCCUCCUCUUGCUGUUGCGGACCCCAGCGCUCUGCACCUGACCAUGCCACCGCUUUACUCCAAGGAGACGCUGCCUUUCCUAACGCUACAUAUCGCUAGCGGACUUCAGCCAGGACUGAGCGUAACAGCCUCCCCCCCUGCAGCCAAACCCAAAUCAGCAGGAAAACACUUGUGUCCUCAUUGUGGACGGGACUGUAUGAAGCCCAGUGUGCUGGAGAAGCACGUCCGAUGUCACACUGGGGAGAGGCCAUACCCAUGCACGGUCUGUGGAGUGUCUUUUAAAACUCAGAGCAAUCUCUACAAGCACAAGCGCACCCAGGCUCAUGCACGACUGUCAUCCGAGUCUGAGCACAGCACCCAGGGCAGUAUGGGCAGCACGGACAGCUUGUCCCGCUCAACAGAGACUACCAGUUUAUCUGUGGACGAGCGAAGUGAUGAGUGUAUCGGAGCAGAGAGGGAUGCCAAUUUGGAUACUGAAAAGACACCUGUUGUCACCCAAACAUUGGAGAUAAAUGAAAAAAGUUUAAGUUCAAAGGGACAAGAACAAGCUAAGCUCUUGCAACCAGGUGACAAACCAACCACAGAGCGCCCUCCUUCAUCAAACCGCCAUGUUGUCCUUCAGAGACAAGAAGCAACUCUGUUUUCCAAACAGUGGGGGAGCUCCAUGUCUAGCAGCAAAUCCCAAAGCCAUGAGAGCACUGACUCAGGCUUCAGUGAGAGCAGUGAGCACUACCCUAGCCCAGGGAGUUUGCUACCGGACCACAGCAUGGACUCCUUAACUGAGACCACAGCAGAGCAUGGUGAGGAAUCCGCCAACCAAAAACAGGAAGAUAAAAAUGCCAUAAAGGAACAGGAGAAUACGAGCCUGGAGGAGCGCAUAACCAAACUGAUUUCACAGAAUAGUGCUGUAGUGGAGGAUAAACAUCUGGAAAACGUAAGGCCUCGAAAGACAGCACUCUCUAAGCAAGGCAGCAUUGACCUUCCUAUGCCGUACACGUACAAAGACUCUUUCCAUUUUGAUAUGAGGAUUAAUAAAAUGUCAAACACUCAAAGAAAUAGAAGACCUGGUUUGUACAACUCUGUUCCAACACAGCAGUCUUCAUCAGUAGAGCAUGCACCGCUUACUAGAAGCAACUCCUUGCCCUUCAGUGUGAACCUCUUGCAGCCAGACCAGAGCAGUCCAACCUCCUCCUCCUAUCCUCAAGAUUACACAACACUUUUCAGACGAGGAAGCUCAGGCCAGAUAAAUCCAACAAGUUUCUCUAUGAAGUCUGUGAACCAGCAAUCGUCCACCCACUGGCCCUUGGUUCGCCAAGCUGCCGUAGACUGCAACCACGCAACAGACGCUCUCUGCAAGAACUCAUCUGUAGAAGAGGCGUGCACUGGCAGUCUCUCAUGCCAAGGUGAGGCUGGUGAUAUUUGUGGAGAUAUUAGCAGCAGAAAGUUCCGGAGGAAAAAAGCACAGAAAUUCGCUUACAACAAGUGGUACAUGUAUGGAGGUGGAACGUUCAAGAAGUUGUACGAGAUGGAGAGAGGUGGUGAGAACAGAGUGGCCAAGGGAACAAAACCUUUACCUAAUCCAGAGGUCAUUCAGAGUCUACAAAAACGUCUCUCAGCAGGACACUGUGAAACAACUGUAGUGUCAAGCCCUAGCUUAGUCAGAAGUGCAACAAUGCACAACCUUGAAACGUAUCCUGCCAAUCUUCAACUAAUACCGAGCUUAAGUUUUAAUGCACAAACUCAUACACAAAGUCAUAUUUUAGCAUCAUCCACCACCCAGAGAAUGCCUCUUCGGAGAAAUUUAUCUUUGUCAGUACUUCCAUUGUCUUUUCUUUCUUUGACACCAAACCUAAAUAUAGAUAACAAUAAAAGAAGUGAGGCAAGCAAUUUAAAAAAUCCUUGCUCUGUCUCUCAAAGCCAAGUGAAUGUUCCCUCUGACAGAAAGAAACAAAAAACUGAUGAGAAACUAUGCCCCCGGGGGAUGGAGACUGAGCAAAGCCUUCCUCAGCCACAACUCAACAAAAUAAACAUUCAACCAAAUUCUACGCAAGUGCCACUUUUUCCAACAAAUACAAUCAGUAUAAAUGCACUACCUGUUACCAACUCACCAGCUACAUCUGGUACCACUGCUGCUCAGAACAGCUUUAUGCCCAAGUACCAGCUUAAGCUUCCUAAUUCUCAGGAGUCCGAUUCUAGUUCAACAAUACAGGUUGGAUCUAAACUGACACAAAAUCACACUGCCUCUGUAUCUACAUCUGCAUCUACAGUGACAACUACAGAGUCUAAGAAAUCAGACACUUUAAUUUGGACUCAUCAGAAUAUCACAUCUAAUUGCAGUUCCUUACUAAGCCAAUCUAUGCCAUGCACUGCCAGCCAUAUGAAUGUCAUUUCUCCAUUGGUCCAUCAGUGCCCCAUGGCAGACACAAAAACCACCUGCAGUUUACGGAAUUCCAAUGCAGGGCUAUUCAGUACAACAAUACAAUCCUCCCCUUUUGGAGCUAUAGUUCCAACAACUACAAAAAAUAGUCCUGUCUCUUUCACUCCCAUCCACAGAACGCAAUCAUCUCCGGCUGCUUUUACUGCUUUUGUACCAACACAACAACAUGAAGCACCACAGAAAAAUUCCCCAUUGUCUCUGCAACCACAAUCUGCACUCAACCCCGACACGAACACCCCGGUAGUACCAUGCCAACUAGUGCCUGGGGAGCAAACUGUGCCAAAUGUGUUUCAUGUUCAAACACCAGAUCUUCAAAUAUGUUUUCAAAUCAUAUCUGAUGAGCAGUUGGCACUCAUCGAACCACAGAUUGAAAAGGAAACAGGUAGCAAGCACGUGCCGACAGAACAAAUGCAUGCUGUGACAGAGGGUGUGAAAACCAGCACAACAGUGGAAAGUACUGAUAAACAAACCAGUCAUAGUCAUCAUUUGUCAAACAAGGAAGUGGACACGCUAAGCAAGGAUAGCGCUAAGCCUUCAAUAUGUGAUAAAUCUGAAAAAGAGCGGCCAGCUGUCCACAUGAGUCAACCCAUUGGUCAGCCUCCAGCCUUGUCCACACACCCACACAUUUGCAGCCAAGUAAACAAGGUCGCAAAGGAUGGAAAGGAGGAGGUAUCUGCAGUCACCCCACUCAAAGAAAACAUUUUGGAAAUAAGUAAAAUUACUCCAAAAAAUCUGUUUUGCAAAGUUGCUGCACAGGAUCGUCACUUGUCAGAAGCAGAGAAAAGUAGGGGUGAGCUAGUCUCACACACACCUCAUGAGAACAAUAGAAGGUCUGCAACUGUCACUUGUACUCCAAUUAGUCCAGUAAACAGUGGAGAGCGUAAAUGUGAGGAAAAUCAUACAAAGUUUACAAAUAAAGAUCUGUGUUUUAGAAAUUCAAAUGAAACAGUCACCAGAACCAAUCUUCAACUCUCCAUGGUAUCCCUCAGUCUAUCUCAAACUAACCAAAUUUCUGACAAGAUGGGACUUUCAGAUGGGCCGGCACUGGCACAUGAAGCUGAGUUUAAACAGAACACCUCUGUAACUCCAGUGUCCACUGAAGAUGCCAAAGCAGCUGCUGCAAAUGUUCCAGACCUUUCCACAGGGCUUGAGGAGGGAGGCUCUGCUGUCAGAUGUGUGGAGCCACAGUCACACACUGGGACCCCUGAGCUGCAGCAGCCUGAGCAGAGCCAAGAGCCUCCACAGGCAGACAGAGAGGGCUUCACUUAUAGUCAGCUGGACUCUCAGCAGGUACAAGAGGCCACUGCCAGGGUGGAUUCCUUUCCAAAUGGAUGGCUAUCAGGUCAGCAGUGUCUUCAGCAUCUUUCCCAGACACAAUCAGGAAUAUGUGGGUGCCCUCCACAGAGUCCUGGCACAGUCCCAAAUCUACAGUCCAGCAGCGUAACAGCAAACACUGACUUCUGCAAUCUCCCACCAACAUCUCUGGUAAAGACUAACUCCUAUGUGCAGCACAUGGGAAUCGUCUCUGUUUUAAGUCAACCAAAUAAAGCUCCCCAGAAUAAGACUGUUUUGGAGGUAGGACUUCAGGAAGCUGGACAGUUUCAGCAACAAGACCAAAGACAAGAUAGUGGAGCUGACAAUGCCAUGAUAAACUCUACAACUCACAUGAUUACAGCCUAUAUGUCUCAAAGCCAUACAAACGAACCAAGAGAAUCGUAUCUGCCCAAUAGCUCUGUAUAUGUUCAGACGUCAAGGCAGGCAAAUACAGCUUUCUCUGAGCACCUAUGCCAGGACAAGCCACCUCUGCCAUGUGACAAGUUCCCUCUUUUGUUUGGGAUGGGUCACUCGUUUAGUUACCCCCCGGCUGACACUCUGAGUGGGGCAGUGCGGGUGGUGCAGAGUAGUAUGGAAGCGGAGGACAGCAGCAGUGAUGAUGAAGGGAAGCUGAUCAUUGAGCUGUAGGAAAUGACAAUCAAGUAGUUUUUAUUUAUUCACAGGCCCAUGAGGCAGAUAUUUUGCAUUCUGUAAGCCUUAUAUUUGGGUCUAGAACACAAAUGUCACAAAUUAAUGAAACAUUUUCCAAAGAAAUUAUGUUGACUAUUUAAUUUGAGUUUUAGGAACAGUGUUCUAACCAGUAUUGAUACUUUGCAGCUGAUGAAAUCAACAUUGCUCUGUCUGACGCUCUGUUAUUCGUGUUAGAUUUUGGUCUGAGCUUAAUUGUAAUACAAUCUGACCAUACAGAGCUGACUAAAGUUAGAACAAUCAGGUGAUUUUGUACUGUUAAACAAGUCCUUCUCAAAUAAUGUCACAGUUACAGGCUAGCAACAGUUUUCAGUUCACAACUUUCACACGAAUACUUGUUUUGGAUCACAGGCUCCUGAAAAAGUAAAUUUUUUUUUCUUGAGUUUUCAGACUAUCUUAAAACUUCUGCUUGCUAAUUUGUGUAUUACGUCACCAUGAACAUUCCACUCUACACAUAUAUACAGAACACCCCCAGCAUGAUGUCACUGCAAAGUAUCAAUUGUCCUAUAUAGGCCUAUCAUUUUUGGUUUUAACUUUAUCAGUGUUUCCGGUUCUUUUUAUUCUAAAUUGGACCUGUAUUUUAUUUUUGUACAGAGUAUUCACAUUCAGUCAAAUGUCAAAAGUAAUUUUAUUAUCAAAGGUAGUACACUGUUGCAUUAUUGUUAUUUUACACAAUGUCAUUUCCUCCUUCGGGUCUUCUGUACAUGAUUAAUUUAUAAAGCUAAUUAUUAUGAUGUUUUGUUUACUGAAAUAAAUAUCAUCAUACAGUCUC